UCUGGCAACAUGUCUGCUAGAAAUUAACUUGGAAUUUAUUGGGGGCAAAAAGCAUUAUCCCCAAAAAAGUAUGAGAGCAGUGCGCUGAACUCGAUGCAAUUUCCCAUGAUGCACCGGGAGAAGCUCGGCCAACAACACGAGAGCCACUUCCUUCUCUACUCAGGUAGGCGUGUCUUCACAAAGUAAAUAUGUGUCUGCUGCAGUAUUAAUGUUCAGGAUGUUGAAUGCAACUCCUAAAAAUGUGCAAAAGUCCAUUAUCCACUUGUGAGCCUGCAAUGAGCAGGUCGGCCUGUAGGGGGCGCUGCAGUCAGCAGCUCCUCUGUAAGGGAACGUGACACCAGAAACUCUGUGGGACAAAAAGGACCUGUUGAACCACGCGGGAAGCAACAUGCAAUAAUAAUAAUAAUAAUAAUAAUAAUGAUAAUAACAACUUUAUUUUUAUAUAGCACCUUUAAAGACAGGGUUUACAAAUUGAUCGACAGAGAAUCAAGGCAAAACAAAUGGUAUGGUAAAAAUACAAAAUAAAGAACAACAGACAAACUCAAUUAUAGGGGAACCAAAGAACUGCAUAAAAGGACGAAAUCACUAUAAUUAUAGGUUUUAAGAAGUGAUUUAAAAGAAGUCAAACAUUUAACAGUUAUUGGGCAUCAGUGGUAAUAAUAUUAAUAAUAAUAAUAAUAAUAAUAAUAAUAACUUUAUUUAUAUAGCACCUUUCAAAACAGAGUUUAAAGCACUCUACAGAGAAUCAAGGCAACACUAACUACAUCUAUAUAUACAUACUUUAUAUUUAUAAAUUAUAGGGGAACCAAAGAACUGCAUAAAAGGACAUCAUUUAAAAUGGGUUUUAAGAUGUGAUUUAAAAAGUAAAACAUAUAAGUCUAUUGAGCAUGAGUAAAACAUAUGUUUAUUGAAUGCUGACCCUCUUAUUUCUCCAGCAUCAUCACACAUUGUGAAAUCAAGCUGUUGGUUGAACAUUGCCGAAGUAGGAUGGAAAUAAAUAAAGUGCAUCACUGUGGAACUCUGCCUUAAAGUCCAUAAAUAGCAUAAGUAUGUAUCUGAUGACAACUUUUAACUGUACUAAUAUAUUUUCAAUGGAUUUCCUGAGUGCAGAGUUUAAUGAACAAGUGGGGAAAACCAUAGACUGAGGGCCUAUUUCACUGCGGUAUGAGCUGGAUAUGUAAGUGUAUAUCUCUCAUUCAUAAACAUUAACUAGUGUUUACCUCUGCAGAAGACAUACCUGCUCUGAGUGUCUACUGUAUCUUUAAAUGCAUAUGGUUGAAUUAAAGUGAAUAAUGUUCUUAUGGAUAUUUACAAACGAGGCUGCAGGUCCAACGUGUGUCUCUGAAUGUGUAGUUUUCUGUCUGAUGCUCCUGGAAUGGGCUAUAAUUACACAGUAUCGGCCCUUUAUCAACACACACACACGGAUACACGCGCACACACACACACGCACAUAAAAAGAAAGCUUUUCCUCUGAAUCCCCGAGGGGGGCUGGGGGGCUAUGACAGCCCCUUCUACCCCUUAGUCCCGCCCCCCUGCCCCCCCCCCCUCUCUCUGCCCUAUCUCAGGCAUUAAACAUGCAAAAAACAACACAAGUCACGGAAAACCAAAUCGUGCCAAAAUAAGGAAUCCCACAAACACUUUUGUGUGUGUGUGUGUGGGGGGGAUUAGAAGUGGGCGACGCGUCGGGCCUCGUGCACGCGAGUUGAACCCGGAGAGAGAGAGAGAGCGAGAGAGUUUGGAACAUAUUAAGGGAUUAACAAGCGGAUUGUUGUGUGUUUGUGAACAGGUUGUGAGAAAGUUUUUUGGGGAGCCAAACAAAAGUUUUUUGCGCUUUACUUCCGCGCACGGAUUCGUUUUUUUUGAGGGGGUGGGAACCGACAACAUGUAAGUGGGAUUCCCUCUGGAUUCACCGAGAGUUACGUGUUUGAAAACGAGUGAUUGUUGUCGGUGACUGUUGUCGGUAAUCUCGCCGUUAGGAGGUUUUUUUUGGGGAACAUGGACCGCGACUCCAAAAAGGAUCCUCGGAUCGGAGUGAAAAUGUUUGCGUGAAAAGCCUCAACAAAAGAGAGACAUGAACAAUGGCAGCGCGAGAGAGGAAGAAUGUGACCGUGUACCGAAGCGUUUCUCUUAAAAAAAAGUCCUGGAGCUCCAACGGGGGUGAGGAGCAACGACGCACACCGGAGGGUCUGGAGGCGGCCGGUGGCGGCGGCGGCGCCCUGCUCCCCCCGGAGCCCGGCACAGCGACGCGUAAUGUCAGCGUGUCACGAAAAGUUUCCAAAAUCUCCACCUCCACCGUCUCCUCCGCAGCCGGCCUCUCGACCGCAGAUCCCAAGAGGAACUCCUCCAUUUCUCCAUCCAUCCGACAGCUCACCGAGCGCUUCAGCAGCAGCAGCAGCUCCGCCACCGGGACGCACGGAGCCUCCGCACCGGGAGAAGGCGCGGCAGUGACGCCGGGGAGCAGCACUCUUCCCCGGGCCAGGAGCUCGACGGGAGACCGGUCACCGGCGUCUCGUAAAUCUUUUCGCGAGGACAGCGGCGGCGGUGGAUGUUUCCAGGAGAGUGACGUCACCACGGUGCAGAAGUUUCACUCCGAAACGGACUCGGUGUCGGACUCGGAGAGGAAGAAGAACGUUUUAAAACGUGCAUCAACUGACUGCAACUCCGGUAAGAGAGAAUAUUCACAAAUCAAUGCAUGUGCCGCUGAUCCUAAAAAUACUUUGACUGUGGAGGAGGAAGAGGAUGUUCCCCUCGGAGGGGUCCCCCCACCCUGUGCGUCUCACAGAGGCCACCACGGUGACUUUAUCCCCCUGCACCCUGACAAGUGGCCCAGCGUCAACAAAAUCAGACAACUAUUCGACGAGAGUCAAGGCACGAAGCACAAGACCGACGCGGAGAAUCUAAAAGCGGUCGGCAGGGGACAUUUACCCGAGCUCGGCCCCGGUGAGGGGUCUCCUCUCUCGGACAGAGGGGACAAAGUCUCUCCUUGCACCUUUGCUCAUGAAGCCGGUGUCCUGUCUCCGCAUGGGCAAUGCAUAGAUGCUCAAAGCACCGUUGUAGAUAAUUGUUAUCGCGGCAUGGACCCUAACCCCAAAACUGACCACCGGCAGCACUCGAAUGACGAGGAGGCGGACUUGGAGACGCAAAGCUCUCACGACGUCAACGUUUCUGGCGUAAAUACUUUUCAAAGCGGCCGUAGUCGCUACCAGAGGAUCGACCCGUCUCCGUACAGGUCUCGCAGUCCCGGCGCUGACUCGGAGGCCGCCACCCGCAAGACCCUUGGGACGACGAGGCUGACAUCUGACCCCGGCCCUGACCUUCAACCCCCUGCUACUUUGUCUCUGAGUCGAUCGGAGAGCUUGGACACCGCCUCCCGCUGCGCCUCCUCCUCUCUCCAGCGUCCGACAGUGAGGGAGAGAAGGGAUAGACAGGGGGUCGGGCUGCCCAGGGAUAGUUUACAUUCCUCGCAUAGCUCCUCUGGAGCACCAGCCCCCACCUCCUCCUCUGCUCCAGGUCCAGAUCAAGCCAUUACCUCCUCCUCCUCUACUGUACCUCUCUCCACCGAGCCGAGAGCCCCAGCCAGACUCGUCUCCCCUCUCGGCUCCCGCUGGAGGUUUAGCUCCGGAGACGAAGAGGAGGAGGACAACAGGAAAAGAAGAGGAGGUGGAGGAGACGGUCCUAGUGUUUCUUCUGGACCACCUCCUUCCAUCUCCCACCGAGCAGGAGAAAGGGCCACCGCUGAGCGAGGAGGAGGCAGCUAUUUAUCCCGCAGUAAAAAUGGCUGGUGGGGUGCAAAGGGCAUCGGCAGGUCCUCGGGCAGCGAGGAGGACAGUCCCGGUUCUGUAGGCCCACAAAGUCGAGAGGCGGUGCGCCGCCGCUCGCUGCGAAAGAAGAAGAAGAUCACCGGAGCCGCUCACGCAACGGGGCGCGAUGACGACGACGAUCACGACGGCGAAUCGGAAGACAGCGACCGCGACGCGGCCUUAACGAUGGAGCAUCUGGAGAGGCAACGCCAGCAGAACGCGGGAGGGGAAACGGCAUCUCGGAGCCCCGCUGCGAGAGAACCCUGCAGCGGUCGCAGUAACAGAGCCAGGGUGCAGCAGUGGGAGCGCAUCGUCUCACCUGGGACAUCCACGGCACUUCCUGGUGUGUCGCGAGUGUCAAAGGUCAAUAUUCCACCUUUUGUUUCCAGUCCCGGUGGUUCGCUUUGCGGCAGUCGAUACUCCAGCACCGAGACGCUGAAGGAGGAGGACCAGGCCGGCUGCACCAACCGCGGUGGAAAAGGAGGCGGGACCGCUCCCUCCUUGUCCGUGCUGAGUAAAACAUACCAUGGGAAUUUUACCAUGUACCGUUCCCCAAGCUUUGGCCACGGGGAUAACUACUCCUGUGACCCCGUGCGGGUGUGCCCCAAGAUUGUGCCUUCAGUCACCCCCUUAUCUAGUGUACUUGGUAGGGCAUCGGCAGGAGUUAGGGGUGGCGAGACUGCGGAUGGAGUGGAUGAUGAUGCUAAAAACAAAAUAUCCAUCUCCAACCCUGACAUCACCUCGGAGACGAUGUCGCUCUUAAGCUUUCUAAAAUCCGAUCUGUCGGAGCUCAAAGUGCGAAAAACGAGUGGAGACAAAUCCGGGGUCUCGGACGGGUCCCCGGUGUACAGGAUGGGCUCGCGGAACCAAGGCGGCAAUCUGCUACCUUCUGGUCGUCGGCCGUCGCUGAAAGACUUGACCGCCACCCUGCGGCGUGCAAAGUCCUUCACCUAUUCGGACAAACCCACCGCGGCGGUGAGGUGUUACUUGUCGGGCGGCGCCGCGAAGAGGAGCUCCUCUGAGCAGCAGCUCGAUGUGGACGGAGAGGGUGACGGAGACAGGGUGUCAGAGAGGGAAGUAGAAAGCGAUGGGGGCGAUUUCGGGGUCGGGAGACGACAGAGAAUGAGGGAUUACGGAUUUGAUGACGAUGAGGGGGAAGGGAUGCCGACUCCAUUGCAGGAGAGGUACGUGCAGGAAGCCAGGCAGGUCAUUCGAGAUAUCUGCCAGAUGGGCACGAGAGAAGAAGAUGACGUCGAAGUGAGGAGGACCGAAGACGAUUGUUUCCAGGUCAAGGAAACGAACGAGGAACAGGAGAGAGCGCGAGGAAGUGCAGAGGAACAGGCGAGGGUGGCUCGAGGGGCCGAGUUAAAAAACUCAAAAGACAGGGAUAAACAUGAGAGGGAGAGAGAGAACGGGGAGAGGGAGAGCAGCGAGAGGGAUGGACAAAGUGAGCAGCUGCCGGAGAAGCUAAACAGCCGGGGCGCAGAGUACGGGGAGAAGGCGAAGAGACGGAGCCGAGAGACGGAGGGAGCGUUGCUGAAGGGCGACUCGGAGGAAAGCAUGUUCUACGACCGCUCCGUGGACGAGCUCUCGGGCCACGAGUCUAGUCUGACGGACGAGGGGAUCGUGACGGAGCCGGAGACGGGCCCGAGCGACCCCUCCGACAGGUCGUUCCUGGGCUUGGCGGGGGUUAAUCUGGGGUCGCGAAUCGCCAAGGACGUGCUCGGGCAGCCGGUCACCGUGUGGAAGCAAUCGGCUCUCCAUCAGGCGGAGGCGUUCGAGCAGGAAAGACACGAGGCGGCGGAGAACGGCGGGAAGUGUACGAACCGUCCGAAGGAUGUCGGCGUACCUCCCUCCUCGCCUGAGAGCGACGGUAUCGCCGCGGAGCUGAGCGGCCCCGCCGGUAUCGACAUUAACGCGACCGGCGAGGACGUCAACGCCAACGCGCCGCAGAGGUGUGCUGGCGCGGCGGGAGGACUUGAAGCCCCCGCAACCCCCAGUUCCAUCCGCCGGAGGCGCAAGUUCUCCCCGUCUGGUGUCACCAACACGAGCUCCGAUUCCAGUAACGGCGGCAACGCGGAGUCGGCGACGGCGGCCGGAAGCGGGGAGUCCACCGUGUACCGCUCCCUCAGCGACCCCAUGCCUCAGCGCCACUGCUCUGCGACAGAAGAAGGGAAUAGCAAUUUUUCCUCCGUGGACAGCAACCUAUUGGGAUCCCUAUCCAUCAAAGGCGGCGGAGGCGGCGCUCCAGCGGAUUCCCCCGCCGUGGCCGCGUUGUCGGAGUAUAAGGGCAGCGCGGCCAGCGUUUUGUCGGUUUGCAGCGACGGCGGGCUCCGGGACGACGGCGUUCACGACUACAGCGGCGUGAUCAGGAGCAUCGUCGCCGAGCCCGGCGCCAUGGACCGGCUGAUGACGGACGACCACGGCAAAGCCCCCAAGAAGAAGUCGUUCAGCGACCCCAGCAGGCGUAGCGAUGCCCCUUUACUUUCCCACAGCGACCCUCAGGGCAAAGGUCUGUCCGGCGGCGCCGGGCCAAUCGGCGAGUCGGAUCAACCGGGUCAGAUCCCGCCUUCCAGCAGCGAGCCGAUCCUGAGCGAGCAGCGAGAGGAGCGGUGGGAGCCAGAAGCGAAGCCAGAAGACGCGUCGCCGAGCGCGAACAAAGUGAAAGCUCGUUCCCAGUCUGACCGCGCCGCCCACGACCACGACGACGGAGAAGAGGUGGAGGUGCAGAAGUUUAACUUCAACCUGAUGCUGGCUGAAGUCCUGUCACCCAGGAUGGUGCGUCGGCCGGCGAGGAAGCGCCCAAAUCGGCUGGCUCACUUCUUCCCCCACGAGGACCCGUUUGAGCCCUCGGAGCCGGGUUCGGAGGAUCAGGAGGACCCCCGCGGUGACCUCACCCCGCCCCUCCCCACGCUGCCACAAGCCAAACCCAGAGCGAGACCCAAGCACGUCCGCCACGCCAGCGAACCCGCCACCUUCCUCCCCAUCUCCCCGCCUCCCCACCUCCAGCCACUGAAGGAAGUGGACUCCCUCUCGACGCCCCCCACCGCAGACACUCAGAGUAAACCUCCGGGAGACCGGGCCCCGUCUCUGGAGACCGUGACCCAGAAAUAUAUUCUGAACCUGAGCACGGCUGAGGGUCCAGGGCCUCCUCCUCCUCCUCCUCCAGGGGCCAGGGAUGGAGCAGAGGGUUCGGUGUUGGCUUUGGAAGGGCCCGGCGAGACCAGCACCAGUGGAAUUACGGAAGCUGGACCACAGAAGAAGAGCACCGAGGACGCCGCAUCCACAGCCGCCCCACAGAAGACCAAGCCCAGAGUGGACAUGAGAAAGCAUGUGAUGAUGACCCUCUUGGACACGGAGCAGUCGUACGUGGAGUCGCUCCGCAGCCUCAUCCAGGGCUACCUGCGGCCCCUCAAGCAGCCGGACGGCGGCUCCAUCGUGGACCCCCUGCUGGUGGACGAGAUGUUCUACCAGAUCCCCGAGAUCCUGGAGCACCACGAGCUGUUCCUGGAGCAGGUGGUCGGCUGCGUCGGCCAAUGGCACGACAGGCAGACCGUCGGCCACUUCCUCAUCCAAUCGUUCUCCAAAGAGACUCUGGCCAACAUGUACUCGGCGUACAUCGACAACUUCCUCAACGCCAAAGACGCCGUCCGCAUCGCCAAGGAGGCCAAGCCGGCGUUCCACAAGUUCCUGGAGCACAACAUGCGUGAGAACAAGGAGAAACAGGCUCUGGGCGACUUGAUGAUCAAGCCGGUGCAGAGGAUCCCCCGAUACGAGCUGCUGGUGAAGGACCUUCUCAAGCACACCCCGGAGGACCACCCGGACCACCCGUACCUGCUGGACGCCCAGAGGGACAUCAAGCGAUUGGCCGAGAGGAUCAAUAAAGGGCGUCGCUCUGCGGAGGAGGCGGAGCGAGAGGCCAGGAUCAUCCAGGAGAUCGAGGCACACAUAGAGGGCGUGGAACAUAUUCUGAACCCCCAGAGGAAGUUCUUGAGACAGGAAAUAGUCAUGGAGGCGAAGACGGUCGGGGGGAAGAAGGACCGCUCCCUCUUCCUCUUCAGCGAUCUGAUCAUCUGCACCACGUUGAAGAGGAAGUCUGGCUCGCUGAGACGCAGCUCCAUGAGCCUGUACUCUGCUGCCAGUAUGAUUGACACCUCCAGUAGAUAUAAGUUCCUGUGGAAGCUUCCCCUGGAGGAGGUGGAGGUGGUGAAGAGCUCGACUCAGGCCACCAACAAGGAGAACAUCCAGAAGAUGAUCAGCCGCUUAGACGAGGACCUGAACACCCUGGGACAGAUCAGCAGGCUGUGUGAGGCCCUCAGCGCGCCUCACCAGUCCCUGGACGAGGCGAUGAAGGAGCUGCUGUCAUCGGUGCACCGCGAGCUGUCGGAGAAGCACUCUGUGGCGUUCGGCCUGGCGUCGCUGCCCACCAAGCUGGAGUUCACGGCGCCGGCGGCCGACAGCAGCUUCGUGUUCGAGUUCACGUCGCCGGACGCGCGCUCCAACUUCGAGACGACCUUCGAGGACGCCAAGAGGAAGUUAGCGAUGAAUAAGGACCAGUGGGACCCGGAGUUCCUGAAGGCUAUUCCCAUCAUGAAGACACGCAGUGGAAUGCAGUUCUCUUGUGCCUCUCCCAGCCACAGCUGCCCCGACAGCGGCUGUGAGGUGUGGGUGUGCAACAGUGACGGAUACGUGGGACAGGUGUGUCUGCUGAACAUCAAAGACGAGCCCACGGUGGAGGCGUGCAUCGCCGUCUGCUCGGCGAGGAUCAUCUGCAUCGCUGUUGUCCCCGGACUCAAGGGAAGGGAGCGAGGGGCGGAGCCCGCCCAGGCGGCGGCGGGCCACGCCCAGCAGCAGCUGCACAUCUCCAUUCGUCACUCACCUGAGGAGCUGAGGGAGCGGCCGCCAGGACCGGGGGCGGAGCUUGUUCCUUUCGACAGUGACGACACGGACGAUGAAGACUCCCCCAGCCCUUCCUCGACUCUGCAGAGUCAGGCCAGUCACUCCACCAUCUCCUCCAGCUACGGCAACGACGAGGGUCCGGGCUCCAAGGACAUGGCCACGGAGACCACCAGCAGCGAGGAGGAGCAGGAGUACCCGGUGGCGAGCGCCUACGGGGCCCCCGGGAUGCUGGGGGGCGCCGGCGAGGGGGGGCGGGGCCACACGGAGAGCACCAUGGACGGCCGCGCCAUGCGGCGCUCGUCCCGCGGCUCGUUCACCAGGGCGAGUCUGGAGGACCUGCUGAGCAUCGACCCCGAAGCCUUUCAGAGCUCCGUGUGGCUGGGGACAGAGGACGGGUGCAUCCACGUGUACCAGUCGUCAGACAACAUCCGCAACCGCAAGAACAGCAUGAAGAUGCAGCACGCCGCCUCCACCCUCUGCAUCCUGUAUCUGGACAACAAAGUGUUCGUGGCGUUGGCGAGCGGAGAAGUGAUCGUCUACCAGAGAGAAGCAGGGAGCUUCUGGGACCCGCAGUCCUCCCAGACGCUGGUCCUGGGCUCUCCCAGCAGCCCCGUCACCAAGAUGGCGGCCGUGGGGGGGAAGCUGUGGUGCGGCUCCCAGAACCGAGUGCUCAUCAUCAACACCACCACAUUGGUCCAAGAGCACUGGUUCCAGGUGGGCGUGGACAGCAGCCGCUGCGUGACGUGCAUGGUGGCGUACGGCCACGGCGUGUGGCUGGCGCUGCAGGGGAGCGCCCACGUCCGGCUGUACCACGCUCAGACCCUGGAGAGCCUGACGGAGGUGGACGUGGCGCCGGCCGUGCACAAGAUGCUCGCAGGAGCGGACGCCAUCAUCAGGCAGCACAAAGCCGCCUGUCUGAGGAUCACGGCGCUGCUGGCCUGUAAGGACCUGCUGUGGAUCGGAACCAGCGCCGGUGUGGUGCUCACGCUGGGGAUCCCGGCGGUGAGCUCAGGAACCAGCGCCGGGACCCUGAAGGUCCCCCAGGUGCCGAUGGGCUCGGCCCACGGACACACGGGUCACGUCCGGUUCCUCACGUCCAUCGAACUCCCGGACGGGUUCGACGUGAACUUCCCCCCCACGCCGACCACGCCGGACUCCACGGGCGGCGGCGUUGACGGCGGCCUCCAGCGGCGUGACUCGGCGCGGCGCCGGGCCUCCGCCCUCAUCCCGCCCAAAACCGACCACCUGGUGAUCUCGGGCGGCGACGGCUACGAGGACUUCAGGCUCACCAGCAGCAGCGAGACGGUGGGCCGGGACGACAGCACCAACCACCUGUUGCUUUGGAAGGUCUGAGAACAAUCCGCCCCCCCCCCCCCCCCGACCACCCCCGGACUCCUCCUUGUUGUUGUUGUUGUUGUUGUUUUGGUGUUCUGCUCAGUCCACCGGUCUCUCUGUGCGUAACGCGGCUGCUCCCCCGGACCUGCUGAUGGACACCGGCUCACUUCAAAACCAGCUCUGUCGUGUGCUCGUGAUUUUGUGGUAUCUGUGUGUGUGUGUGUGUGUGUGUGUGUGUUUUGGCAUCUGCAAAUAUUGUCUUUUAUACUAAAAAGACAGAGGGAGGGGGGGGGACUGUGAAGACGGAAGAGGACGAUGGAACUGGACCUCUUGGACAUUCCUGUGGUUGUUAUUUUUUUCGUGGGGGGGGCGUCAACCCAUCGUCGCUUCAUCCUCAACUCACCAAGAUGGCGCCCAGAGGUCAGAGGUCAAAUGCUCAGUAAAAUAUCCUCUCUCACAGAGGGUAGCAGUUCGACGGAGGUUCUGAAUUUUUCGGUAAUUUCUGCACACAAAAAAAGAAGAAGUAAGAUGAAGAAGUA